CAGGCUUGUGAGUUUAGUUCUUAGUUUGAUGCCCUGCUAUUUUCAGGUAUGACUAUUACCAUUUUCAGGUAAUGGUAAUAGUUCAAAGAACUGAAGUUCAAAGAAAAGCCCCGAGCCUAGAAAAGGAUCUAUUUUCCUAGAGCUGCUGUAACAAAACACCACAAAGUAGAUGGCUUUAAGCAACAGAAAUUUAUUGUUUCACGGUUGUGGAGGCAGGAGUCCAUAUUCAGAGCAUUGGCAGGGCAGUGUGCUCUGUCUGCUCUAGGGGAAGAUCCUCACCUCUUCCAGCUUCUGGUAGCCCCAGGUGUUUCUUGGUGUUCCUUGGCUUGUGCAUGCAUCUUCGCAUGGCCAGUUUCCCUCUGUGUGUCUCUCUGUGUCUCUUCUCCUCUUUUAUAAGAUCACUCCAAUGGGAUUAGGACCUACUCUGCUCUGGCAUGAGCUCACGUUAACUGACAACAUCUUCAGAGAUGCUAUUUCCAAACAAGGUCACCUUCACAGGUACAAGUGGCUAGGAUCUCAACAUUACUUUUUGGCGGACACGAUUCAAUCCAUAACAGACCGGGAAUGCUGAGUUCAACGGGAAUGUGCAGUAUCUCUUUCCAGUAAGCAACACCAGAGGCCCUAGCCAACUGUAACCUCCUCUCUUUUCCAGGUCAAGCCCCUACUGCUGUUGAUAUUAGGGCUCACCCUCCUGAGGAUGGUGGUAGCUUGGAAAAUCCCCAAAGCAGGGGCAACUGCCCUCCGAACACCUGAGAAUUGCCCCUCUCUGGAGGAGAGCACCGUGGCGCUUGACAUUCGCAUCCUCAAUAAAAACCAGGGUGGUCCCACUCUGCCAAGCAUCAACAACCGCUCCACCUCCCCCUGGGAUUACAACAUCACUCGGGACCUGAAUCGCUUCCCCUCUUCGAUCGCAGAGGCCCGGUGCAGGUCCUUCAGCUGCAUUGACGCUGAUGGGAAGCCAAACGACUUCAUGAACUCUGUUCCCAUCCACCAAGAGAUCCUGGUCCUCCGGAGGGAACCCCAGGGCUGCUUGCCCUUUCGGCUGGAGAAGAUACGGGUGACUGUUGGCUGUACCUGUGUCAUUCCCCUCGUCCACCAGGUGGACUGAGAGCUGCAUGUCUUCUCAGCUGAAGAGUGGUUAGGGGCUGUAGAAAUGUUUUUUUUUUUACCUAGUGCUCUGCAACAAGUCCUGCCUGGUCCCCGAUGCCCUCUGCUUCAUAGGAAUUUUAGUAAGACCUGUAUGGAAUUCUCAAAGCUCUGUAUUAGAUAUAGUAGUAACUUUCUGGAGGCUCUUUAGAAUCAUAACAUCUUCCUGAAAUAUUCCAAUGUCGCACCCCCCCACCCCCGAAAAUGGACGGAGAAAUGAAGAAGCCAUUAGUCCACUCCCUUCAUGCUCUUUUAUGACCACCUCCUAGCCAUGCAGCCACCCUGAUACAGUGCCACACAGAGCUGGGAGCUCUGUUGGUAAAAUGGGCCUCUGUUCCAUGCAGAUGAAAACACAGACAACAUAAUCAGAAUAUAGGAGCGUGUGGGUGAGGGCUGGACAGGGUGGGAGGAUUUGGUAAAAAAGGGGACAAGGAUCUAGUAUAUAUGUUUAUUAUUUGCUACAUAUAGAUGAGGUUGCCUGGAAGGACUACAUAUUUAUAUUUGUAAGGACACUGUGCAUAUAUUUAUGACCUGUUGAUUAUAUAAAAUUUUAGGAGAAAAAAUAUAUCAAGUACUCAUAUAAUAAAGUCUUGUGAUUGAAAAAGACUUUGGGUGUUCGUUUCCAGUCUCACCUUGAACUCGGAGACCUUGUCGCUCUCAAGAUUUUCACAUUUAUAUACCUAUCAUUUGUUUUUCACAUUUCCUUAUGAGAGCACCUGUGUUGGAGUUAUUUUAUUACUAAUGGUACAUGGGAUGGACAUGAAAAGUUAAGGAAAAUGGGGCAGGAAGAACUCAGUAUCCCUGGUAAUUGCUUAUGAAGCAAACAUUUACUGGCCACUGCAAAUCCACCAGCCACUCCCUGGAAAUCCUGUGAAGCAGUUCUACCCUAUAGGGCUGCUGUGAGUCGGAA